AUGGAAAACCAUACAAGACUGACCAUGUUUAUCCUAGCAGGUUUGACUGAUGACCCACAAUUGAAAGUUGUGUUAUUUAUCUUCCUGCUUCUCACCUACUUGCUCAGCAUCACAGGUAAUCUAAUCAUCAUCACACUCACCCUGUUGGACCCUCACCUCAAGACUCCCAUGUAUUUUUUCCUUAGGAAUUUUUCCAUCUUAGAAAUCUCUUUUACUACAACAUGCACCCCUAAAUUACUGGUUAUUAUGGCAACUGGGGACAAAACCAUUUCCUAUAAUUGUUGUGUUACUCAAGUGUUUUUUACCUUUCUUCUUGGAGCAUCUGAAUUUUACCUGCUGGCAGCCAUGCGGCUUUCCACAAUGUCUUACGACCGCUAUGUUGCCAUCUGUAAGCCCCUGCACUACACAACCAUCAUGAACAGCAAAGUCUGCACACAGCUUGUCCUCAGUUGUUGGCUUGCUGGGUUCUUAACCAUCUUUCCACCACUUACCUUGGGUCUAAACCUUGACUUCUGUGCUUCCAACAUUGUUGAUCAUUUCUUCUGUGACACUAUUACCCUCCUGCAGAUCUCCUGCUCAGACACAUGGCUUAUCGAGACGAUAGGUUUCAUCUCAUCUUCAGUGACACUAUUGGCCACGCUGGUAAUGGUGAUAACAUCGUACACCUACAUUACAUUGACAAUUCUAAAAAUCCCAUCAGCUAAUCAGAGGAAAAAGGCAUUUUCCACAUGUUCUUCCCACAUGAUUGUGAUCUCUUUUUCUUAUGGCAGCUGCAUCUUCACGUAUGUUAAACCCUCAGUCCAACAAAGAAUUUCUUUUUCCAAAGGAAUUGUAUUGCUCUAUACCUCAGUUGCCCCACUGUUGAAUCCAUUUAUCUACACCCUAAGGAACCAACAAGUGAAGAAAGCCUUCGUGAAUAUGAUUUACAAGUUUGCCUCUUUAUCAAAAAUUGAAUAUAGUGUUGCAUUAUACAAAGGAAAUGUCCAAAGCAACUGA